AGGCAUGCAGCCGGCCUUGCGGCGGGACAUGGGUCACGGGCAGGCGGACUGGCGGGCGGAGGACUCGCGAGCCGUGCGCGCUCACACCGAGGCGCCCAGGAUCCUUUCUUGCAAGGAGCUGACACUUGAGCUGCAGAGACAGGAAGAGCCUCACGAGAAAAAGGACAAUCCCAAUCACCACUGUACGCCAGGAUAAUGCAGACUCCACUGACCAUUCCUGUGCCCGUGCUCCGGCUCCCCCGGGGCCCUGAUGGCUUGAGCCGAGGCUUUGCCCCCGACAGACGCAGAGCCCCCCUGAAACCGGUGGUUCCUGAAAUCCCGGAGUCUCAAGAAUCUCGGGAAUCCCAGGAACAGCGGGCCCGAGCCGCCCUUCGGGAGCGCUACCUCCGCAGCCUGCUGGCCAUGGUGGGGCGCCAGGUGAGCUUCACGUUGCACGAGGGUGUGCAUGUGACCGCCCACUUUGGAGCCACUGACCUGGACGUGGCCAACUUCUACGUGUCGCAGCUGCAGACUCCGAUAGGCGUGCAGGCUGAGGCGCUGCUCCGGUGUAGUGACAUUAUCUCAUACACCUUCAAACCGUGAAGAUGUUAUCGUGUUCAUCUUUCUGCCUCGGGCGCAGCCACAGUCUCCCAGGCCUCCAUAUGCUCCUGAGCUUGGACCUCUGGGCCCCAGAGAGUUCGGAACACCCUUGGAAUUUUGAGCCAAGCUUCAAGCAACUCUGGCUUCUUGGGACA